UAUAUUCUUCAAUCAAUUAGUUAAAGUUUCCUUUCGAGUCUUUGUAAUGACGAUGUCUUUUAUGCAUAUGAGCCAAUAUGGCGGUCUGGAGACAUACUCAAAAGUGAACGAAUCAUUGUUUUGGUUAGAUGGAUGACGGGCUCAUUCUAAGUUGCAUCAAUGCGGCAAACUUGAUCUUCUUCUGUUCCUUGUUUGAACCAAAUGCUUCAGUCAUGCGCAGUUUCUUCAAUGGAACUUCAAAGAUCAUAUGCUGUUGAUAGAUGUGUAAUUGCCGGAUUCGCUUCGGCAACAGAGCACCAGAAUUCCGGUAGCCGGUGGGCCUUGUUUGUCCUUGAGGACACCCCUUUGUUUUUCCUCAAACACUAGAUGCUUAUGCAGAACUUCCAAGUUCACCAUAACUUCUAUAAGAGCAAUUAGCUUCCUGGAGUGUUUUGAUUUUGGAUGACACAUUUUGAGAUCACUUGAAGGGAAAUCUUUCUUAGAUGGCUCUUCCGACAUGAAUUGGAAGUUAAAUGAAUGCAACAUGGGAACUUUUUGUCGUUUUUUUGUAGUAUGUUCCAACUUCCAAUUAACUGUUUUAUGCUUGAGGGGUAUGAGGGUUCACCAAACGAAAUCUAGGAAAAGACUGAUGUUGAAAAUAAAACUAUCCAUGAAAAAAAUAUGGCAUUUUUUGUGUCUCUGGGAAGCACAGUAAUUCCCCCGCAUUUUUAGGAGCUUAUGGUCAAAACUAGAAUUAUUGCAACCUGCAUCCCCAGUUCUCGUAGAUGACGAUCUGGAUGUUACGAAUAAUAGGUUGUUUCCUUUUAAACUUUACUAAUUUAUAUAAGCGGCUUGUGUGGAUUGUUGGUGAUGGAGACUUAAUUAGUCAACUAUUCUAGAUAUGGUUUUAUUAGAUUUUGUAAGUUAGCAUUUGGAGGAGUUUUUAGAAUUUAACACUGACUAUGUUGGUGUUGGUGGGCAUUUCUUGGAGAUAUUUUCUUCUGUCAAAAGUGUGGGAACGGGAAGUACAUACACGCUUUUGGCACCUGCAAGAUGUUUUUGGAUAUAUACUAUCAAUCUGUUAAUGUUUUUAAAUUCUCUUAUUUUCCUCCUCUUCGGCAUUCACUCAUUCUUUACCUUGUCCGGCCUAUAUGGAAAUUCGAAGUUCCUUUUGAGUUGAAAGCCUUUACUUAAAUUGUGUUUGCUAUCUGUGGUGUCAAUGUAAACAAUAUGUUUCGUGUCCGAAAGCCUGCGAAGAUUUUUUUCCUUGGAAAUUGUACAAAGUGAUUGUAGUUAAAGAAUAUACCUUUUCUUAUUAGAGCUCCCUGAAAAAUUUCUUCUAUGAUGUUAUGGUUGCUCACCAUGAUUGUGUCGGAGGCUGUUUGGAGUACGUGGUGAGACCUUUGGUUUCCCUGCAACUGUUGUGGGAUCACCUACUGAGGAAAUAUUUAGUUCUUUUCCUGCGGACUAUGUUUCUGUUGCAUUUGUACAAUGCCUUCCGAGUAAUUGUUUGGUUGUCUCUGCUUCAAAUGGAACACUUCAUUGUUAAGCUCAAAAUUAAAAUAUGCCUCUGGUCUUGCAUGGAUUAUGGUCUUUCUUUCUAAUUUUGAUGAGGUGGGGGUGAAGCCAUAGAGGUGUUGAUUUAUUUAGAAAGCAAAUAAUCAGUAAUUUGAAGUUUGGAGGACACGUUGAGAUACUCAUCUUUUUCUCAUGAUUCUCUGAUAAUUUCUUUUAAGAAAAAGAUUCAAUGGUUGGCCUGUGAUGCUGACCUGUUAAGUUUAAACAUAUGUUUUCUUUUAUAUACUUCUGCAGAUCUUAUCUGGUGGAAUAAUUUCCAGAAGGCUCUUAGAAGCCAUAACAUUUUUGGUAGCUGAUUUGUUUAGUAAGGCGGUUCAUUUGAUAUCACUGUUGGUGGGUGAAACUGAUGAGAAGACGGAAGAGAAAGGCACAUACGUUUUAAUUGUGGCGAGAAGUGUAGUUUCUGUCACGAUGUUAUGAAUGUACCUCAAAAAGGAUGGCGUCUGAGGGAUUCUACCUAUGCAAAGAUCUGUGUCCCGUGCUUUACUGCUUAUGAGCAUGGAACUUUAUGUGACAAAUAUCAUCACGACGACGAUGGAUGGAGACACUGUGAUGAAUGUGAUAGGCAAGUUCAUUGCGGCUGUAUUAUGGGACAGAAUACGUAUGAGAUUAAUGACACGUGCGGUGUAACCUGCAUGGAUUGCCUGAUAGGGAGUCCUGUGGUAUCAAGUGUAGGCGACACCUCUUUCUUGGAUGCUGGUUCCAGUAGUGAUUUCAAAGUUCUAACUGGGAUAGAGCUUUUGGCAGAUCCUGCCUCUGGGAAUGCCUCUAGCAAUCCCACCAUCGUGGGCGCCUCUGCCUCUGUCGAUCCGGCCCCAGCCACCCGGGGUGCCACUUCCGAUCCCAUCACCAAGGGCACUACUUCCGAUCCCACCAUCGAAGAUGCCAUUGCAGAUCCCGCCACCGGGGGCACCUCUGACUAUCCCGCUGCCGGGGGCGCCACUGCCGAUCCCAGCACUGGGGGCGCCUCUGCAAAUCCCUCCACCGCAAAUGCCUGUGCGGAUCCCGCCAUUAGGAAUGCCUGUGCUGAUCCAUCCAUUGGGAGCACCAGGUCAGAUUCCACCAGUGGGAAAAGUGCAUAUUAUCGCGACAGUACAUGGCUUUGGUUUUGAAUCUGCUGAGCUCGGGACAGAAGAGUUAGCUUAAAAGCCCUUGAAGCAUCCUCGGCCGUGUAUGCUUCUUUGUUCCAUUCAUUUCCCUUAAAAUAGGAAAACGUAAACAAUACAAAAAACAUCAUUAUAUGAAUAAACUUAUAAUACCUUUGCUGUUUGUUUAUCUGUUACCCUGGAAAUCUGGAAUGGAUUGUUGUUUUAUUAGUCCCUAUUAUGAUAGAUGACUCAACCCAUGUUUGUUGAAAUUUGAAAGCUUGAAUUUUAUGUUGGGUUGGACGUUUUCUUUUCA